UGUCAAGCCCAUUUGCAUGGAGAAGCUGUCUGUGAACCAGGGGAACGGUCAGUCCUCUGGGUACAUACUUUAUGAGGUUAUGAUCUCCACUGGUGGCCUCCUUACCACAAAGAAUCAUGUUCAAGACCGAGGUCAGGUGUUUUUGAAUGAGAAUUAUCUAGGGGUCCUGGACCAUUUCACUAACCAGCUGACUAUUCCCACCAAAAUGGACUACAAAGAUAUCCCAACACUGAGGAUCCUGGUGGAGAAUCAAGGCCGCCUUGCCUAUGGGAAGGACAUCAAUAAGGAGAGAAAAGGAUUAAUUGGGGAUAUAUAUCUGAACAAUUCUCCAUUAAGAAGAUUUAAAAUCUACAGCCUGGAUAUGAAAACUAAAUUUCUAAAAAGGGACCUUCCUAACAUUUGGAAACCAGUCUCAUUCAAACCUCGGGGCCCUGCCUUCUUCCUUGGUAACCUGAGAAUGGGUAAUUACCCCAAAGACACCUUCAUAAAAAUGGAGGUUAGUGAUAUUUCUCCCCUGCCUAUGUUCUCCUACCCCCAUCCCAAAGGAACAUUUGAGAAAAAAGCUCCUUGGUGCGUGGGCCCUGCUCUGUGAAAGGAAAUGUAAGCUCUCUGGGACCUCAGCUACUCCAUAGCCAGCUGGAGGCUGCCCCUCCCUGGUGUUGAUGAGGGUGAGAGGUGGAUACUUAACACAUGUGACGGAGA